AUGGCACCGACAACCUUUCUACAGCGCGCACCGAAAUCCUCAAAACCAGAACCCUCGUCACGCAACACCCACAAGAGUCUCGCUUCUCUGCCGCCAGAAAUCCACCACAUCAUCGCCGACUACCUCCCCUACCCGGACCUGCUCUCCCUGAAGCUCACCGACACGUACUUCGCGGUGCUGGUCGGGCCGAAACUCACGGUCAAGUCGCGCGUCAGCUGGGUCCAGUCCCGCUACGCCCAGCGUCUGCCCGUGCCCACGAGCACCAAGCUGUCCUUCAGGACGGAUGAGCUGUUCGUGGCGAAUCCGGAGGUGAAUGCCAUCCUGCGACGGCGACGGCGUCACCUGGAAUGCGCGGACCGCCGUGAACCCAAAGUUACCCUGGGAUUCUCCGCUUUCACCGAGGUCGACCGCAACGUCCGUCGCCUCCGGGGAGCCCAGCAACUGGAUACGACGGCGUGCUUGGUCACGGGGGCCCCGAACUGUCCCGCGAUUCCGGACCUCGAUACCAAGGUGCAGCGGUACAGGAACAGCGUGGUGGGCAAACUCACCGCUCCCGUCCUCCGAACGGUCGGCUGGCUGAGAGGGCUGCAGCCGAGUUUUCGUGAUUCCUUGUCGUGCGCCGUGGCUGGAUUGUCGCACACCCCGAGGGUUCUCUGGUCGUGGUUCCUGGCGACCUUGAAGCUCGCCUUUAUAGUCGUCGUGGCCUCCGUGGCAUGCACGGUUUGCCGUUGGCGCCCGCCUCCUGUCGCCUUUACGAAUCCCUGA